CAGUGCGUUGGGUACAGCGAUGACAGAAUUCGUGUUAGAUGUUCCGAUUUUUUUCUCCACCGAAAACAAGACGAUUGUUUCAAUCGAUCAAAAUCCUUAUUUUUGCUAAAAAAAAAAUGAGUUACAAUUUUUUUGUAACGAGUCCGUAAGAUUGCGGUUUUUACCUAAAAAAAUGAAUAUUUUUUUGGGAUGAAGCGAUUAUUUUUUUAUGAAAGAAUUUUCUUUUUUAUAAACUUUAUUGAGAAACAUUGUCGGGUCUCGUUCAAUAAGUGAAUGGGGAAAAAUGAUCUGUCGCCAUUUUUUGGAGUUCGUCGGAGUUCUGGUAUUGGGGGAAUUGACAAUUUCCGAGGGGCUAUCGUGUUACCAGUGCAAUGCUGACUUGUCAAUGGGUCUCAAGGAGGAGUGUAAUGAUCCGUAUGCGCCAGGACCUGCCAUCGAUCUUGUGGAAUGUCCACAGAACGAGCCACAUUAUUGUCUCAAGGCUGCUAUUAACUAUAAAAAUGUCUACGCUACGGUCAGGGGUUGCGUGCCGUCGCGCAGCCAAAGUACGUACUGUUCACCUCUUGAUGAAUUUCCAGAGGCACAUGUCACGUGCAAGUUCUGCAAUGAGUAUGCCUGUAAUGGCUCGUGGACUCCAGCGAUAGGAGAAAAUUCAAAGAUGUUAAUUUUUAUUCUCAUUAUUAUUAGUUGUCUGAUUAGAUAGGGAUGAGUGUUAUUUUUCUGUAAUUAUUCAACUUAUUUUGUGAGGAUUGCAGAGACGGUGGAGAAUAUAAAGUACUUUUGGAA